UGUGCGGCUGUGGGAUGCGGCGAUGGGACAGUCGUUGGGUCAGCCCUUGCAGGGGCAUGCUGGAAUGGUUCUAUCUGUCUCGUUCUCACAGGAUGGUACUCGCAUUGCAUCUGGUUCUCAGGACAACACUGUGCGGCUGUGGGAUGCGGCGACGGGACAAUCAUCGGGUGAGCCUUUGCAGGGGCACGCUGGAAUGGUUCUAUCUGUCUCAUUCUCACCGGAUGGUACUCGCAUCGCGUCUAGUUCUUGGGAUAACACUAUCCGGCUGUGGGAUGCAGCAUUUGGACAGACAUGUCACGACAACACCGAGACAAAUUCAUCCUCGUUCCCUCCGCAUACAAGCCGCACAACCCCUCGCGCACAGCAGCAUCCCAUCAUGUCGCCCAUUACUUGGAACCAUCACCUCAUUUCCUUCUCAUCUGACUUCAAGUCCGAACGCGCGCUGUGCAACUCUGCUGACCUCCUUGAGGGUAUCUCUCAUCAUUAUUCCAAUUUGACCCCUCUCUCGCUGCAGGCUGAUGGAUGGGUGAUGGGACCCAAUCGACAGCUUCUUUUCUGGAUACCCCCCGCUUCCCAGCAUGCAAUUUGCACUCCUUGGACUUUAUGGGUGAUCCCAAGAGGUGCUGAGCUUGAUUUGAGCCGCAUGGCACAUGGGACACGCUGGUCAAGCUGCCGAAAUGCACUAGGUUACGCUCUGUUCUGGCGCUUGGUUGUCGUCGUGUUCCGAUACAAUAUAAUUGACUAUAAACAUCGAGCGUUUUACAACCUUGUCUUCUAUGUGACACGUCACCAACCUGGUGCCCAGGAACAAUACUUGCCUGCCAUUACUAUUCCUGAAGAAAUAACACAAAAAAUUACUCGAGUUCCUUCGAUCAAUCGGUCUCCGAAGAGUACCACAGCACAUCGUAGUAUCGUCUACGCAGUACGGGACCAUGCCGUUCAUUACAUUGGUGAUUCAGGCAUAGUCCCAUAA